UCAUUCAUGGAGUCAAUUCGAGAACUCUGCCGCAUUUUGAUUCUGAUCUUCAUUUUCUACCUCACCUCAACGGCGAUUACAGCUCAAGGUUUCAACCACAAACACGAUGCAAACCCAAAUCUGAUCAAGAUGUUGGACACAAUUUCUCCAUCUCAACCAAGAAAUGUUACUUUUCAUCUCCCUCCAGACCCACAGAUUUCUCCCACUAAAGUCCCUGCCCUGUUCGUAAUUGGCGAUUCUUCUGUUGAUUGUGGGACCAAUAACUUUCUUGGAACAUUUGCUCGUGCUGAUAGGCUUCCUUACGGGAAAGACUUUGAUACACAUCAGCCCACUGGACGUUUCUGCAACGGAAGAAUCCCUGUUGACUACAUUGCAUUGCGUCUUGGGUUGCCGUUUGUUCCCAGUUACCUUGGGCAAGGUGGUUCUAUUGAGGAUAUGAUGAAAGGAGUGAAUUAUGCAUCUGCUGGUGCUGGGAUAAUUUUCUCCAGUGGCUCUGAAUUGGGUCAACAUAUUUCUCUGACACAGCAAAUUCAGCAAGUUUAUGACACAAACCAACAGUUCAUACUGAACAUUGGUGAGGAUGCAACAGCUGAUCUGAUGUCAAGAUCUAUAUUUUACAUAUCGAUUGGCAGCAAUGACUACAUACAUUACUAUCUUCGUAAUGUGUCUAAUGUGCAAUCUGCGUACCUACCUUGGGGUUUCAACCAGUUCUUAGCAGAUACAAUGAAGGAGGAAAUUAAGAAUUUGUACACUGCAAACGUCAGAAAAGUGGUUGUGAUGGGACUCGCCCCUUUGGGAUGUGCUCCUUACUAUCUGUGGAUGUAUGGCAGCAAACAUGGGAGGUGUAUUGAGAAGAUAAAUGACAUGAUAAUGGAGUUUAACUAUGCUAUGAGAUACAUGGUAGAUGAACUAAAUCAGGAGCUCAUGGACUCCAACAUAAUCUUCUGUGAUGCAUUUGAAGCUUCAAUGGACAUAAUCAAGAAUCAUGACCAUUAUGGUUUCAAUGUUACUGCAAAUGCUUGCUGUGGUUUAGGGAAAUAUAAGGGUUGGAUAACAUGCCUUACUCCUGAAAUGGCAUGCAGUAAUGCUUCAAAUCACAUUUGGUGGGACCAAUUUCAUCCAACAGAUGCAGUAAAUGCUAUUUUGGCUGACAAUGUAUGGUCCGGUUUGCAUACCAAUAUAUGCUACCCCAUGAACUUGGAGGACAUGAUUGCUCAGAAGCAAAAUGAUUAGACAUGGAAGCGCAGCAAUUGACAAACUCUCCAUGCAUUAGACGGGAAUUUUGUUUUGCUUCUGAGAUCCUGUCAAACGUAUUUUGUAGCGUACUUGGUUGAUUUUGAAGCAACGUCAAACACCGAUAAGGUAGAUUUCAGUAUAAACUUUUUUGUUUUUCCAUUUGAUGCCUUGGUGGAUAUAACAUGA